UAAUCAAGUGCUCCUCCCUUCUCCUUUUUAAAAAAUAACAUAAAAUCGAAAGUACCCUCACUAAUCUGGCAGAUCCCUCCCGGCUGUUCUCCCCCCAUUUCUCCAUUUUCUUCAAAUUUCUCCUCUCAAGAAUCCACCCACAAUCAUUUCUCUCUUUUCUGUCCUCUCUCCAUAGUCAUGAGCCUUUUCGGUCUCGGCAGGCAAGUACAAUUGAAUCAGAGGACAUUUCGUCCCAAAAAAAGUGCACCCUCGGGGAGUAAGGGUGCACAACUAAGGAAACACAUUGAUGCUACUUUGGGAAGUGGAAACUUAAGAGAAGCUGUAAGACUUCCACCAGGAGAGGAUACAAAUGAAUGGCUUGCUGUCAACACUGUGGAUUUCUUCAACCAGGUGAAUCUUCUUUAUGGCACAUUAACCGAGUUUUGUACACCGGACAGCUGUCCAACAAUGGCUGCAGGCCCAAAAUAUGAAUAUAGAUGGGCUGAUGGUGUGCAAAUCAAGAAGCCUAUAGAAGUAUCGGCUCCAAAAUAUGUGGAGUAUUUAAUGGAUUGGAUUGAGUCACAAUUGGAUGAUGAAUCCAUAUUUCCUCAAAAACUCGGUACACCAUUUCCUAACAAUUUUAGGGAUGUUGUGAAAACGAUAUUUAAACGUUUAUUUCGUGUAUAUGCUCAUAUUUAUCAUACACACUUUCAAAAGAUUGUGAGUCUCAAGGAGGAAGCACAUUUAAAUACAUGCUUUAAGCAUUUCAUAUUGUUUACAUGUGAGUUCUGUUUGAUUGACAACAAGGAGUUAGCUCCACUUCAAGAGCUUAUAGAAUCCAUUGUUAUCCCUCAUUGAAGAACCUCUUGAUUGGGUUGAUAGCUAAACUUGAAUCUAUUGAGGAACAUAAUAAGAUGGUGUGGUUAAAGAUGUCAAAUAUUUAUGUUGUGUUUUUUAUUCUAUUAUUUGAUCCCUUAAUGAAAAAGUUGUGAUUUGAAAUGUUCUAUUAA